AUGUCAGAGUGGGACCCCGUCGUCAAGGAGUGGCUUGUUGACACAGGCUACUGCUACGCAGGCGGCAUUGCGAAUGCCGAGGACGGUGCGGUGUUCGCGGCGGCAGCGGAUGAUGACGAUGGCUGGUCCAAGCUGUACAAGGAGGACCAUGAGGAAGACACUAUUGGAGAGGAUGGCAACGUGAAUGGCAAAGUGACCGUCAACGAGGCCUCCACUAUCAAGGCCGCUGUUGACGAAGGCAGCGCCCCCAACGGCGUGUGGAUCGGCGGCCAGAAGUACAAAGUUGUGCGACCGGAGAAAGGCUUCGAGUACAACGACUGCACCUUCGACAUUACCAUGUGUGCGCGCCCCAAGGGUGGUGCGCACCUGAUCAAGACUCCCAAUGGCUCUAUUGUCAUUGCGCUGUACGACGAGGAGAAGGAGCAGGACAAAGGAAACAGCAGGACGUCCGCGCUGGCCUUCGCUGAAUACCUGCACCAAUCUGGAUACUAA